ACCCCGGGUUCAGGGGUCACGCCGCUGCCGCCAUGUCGCUGAGCGGCUGCUGUUUGUAAAUAGAGGCGUGCGAGAGGACGCAAGCACCCGAGGCCGGGGUCUGGGGCCCAGCCAGGCCCGUGGCUCCCGAGGGGGCAGGAGCACCAGCAGCACGAAGAGCAUCUGCAACCCGGGGCGAAGAACGGCAGGAGAGGCCGGCGCACGCCUGAGGCCCAGGCCACAGGGCCCGAGCCGAGCCUCAGCGCCGAAACCUCCUCUGCCGCUGCCGUCCCGGUUCCGGGAGCGCGGAGACCCGGCACCAGGAAAGGCGAGCCCCGAGCUGGGAGGUUCCACGGCUGAGGACCGAGGGUCCUGGGAGGACCUACGGAAUUCGGGAGGACCGAGUCCCGGGCCCGGAGGACCGCGGUUCGGAAGCUGGGAGGACUGAGGGUCCUGGAGGACCGGGGACCGGCGGGAGGACUAAGAGCGGGGAAGACCGAGGGGUGGCGGGAGGACUGGCAUGGACGCCGCUUGGAGCAGCUUCAUCUUCCCGCCGACCUCGUCUGAUACUCCCACAACUCUUCAGGCUGACUUUCUUCCCAUCCUGGGCUCCCCCCCAGAGGAAGGGGCAGCCCCCCCUCCAGCACCUCCUCCUCCUGCACCCAGUACACCGGCUCCAGGACAGGAUGAGGAGGGAAGGGGCGGGACACCGGAGGCAGCCCCCACACCCCGCUCCCGCCCACGGGGCCCCUUCAUCUGCCCCCUCUGCGGGAAGCACUUCAAGAACAGCUACAACCUGAGGCGUCACCAGGGGACCCACCGAGCAGGGGCCAGGAGGGCCCCCACCUCCUCGCCCUCCUCCCCCACCACCCCCAGCCCCCCUCCCCGGCCGCCCAGGAAGGAGCACAGCUGCGAGCUCUGCGCCAAGGCAUUCCGCGACGUCUACCACUUGAACCGUCACCGCCUCUCGCACUCGGACGAGAAGCCCUUCGAGUGCCCCGUCUGCCAGCAGAGGUUCAAACGCAAGGACCGCAUGAGCUACCACGUCCGCUCGCACGAGGGUGGCGUGCACCGGCCCUACGGCUGCAGCCACUGCGGCAAGGGCUUCUCCAGACCCGACCACCUCAAUAGUCACAUCCGGCAGGUCCACUCGACAGAGAGACCCUUCAAGUGUCAGACAUGUACAGCUGCGUUUGCCACGAAGGACCGUCUCCGGGCCCACAUGAUCCGACACGAAGAGAAGGUCCCAUGUCACGUUUGUGGGAAACUACUGAGUGCAGCCUAUAUCACCGACCACAUGAAGGUUCACAAUGACAGCCCCAAUCACACAUGUGACAUCUGUAACAAAGGAUUCACCACGGCUGCCUAUCUCAGGGUCCAUGCCCGCAAGCAUCAUGGCGUUACGAUGAUCCAGCCGUACCGACUGGUUUGUGAGCAGUGUGGUGUGUUCUGCCACACCCAGGUCCAACUGAACGGCCAUAAGGGCACGCACGUCCGCGCGGCGGAGCCGAUAGUGGACGAUCGCGCCUGCAGUACCGACACACAGGGACCGUUUCUGCACUGACCAGGCACGGGAACUGUCCAUCAGCUCCUUGGGGUGGGGGCGUUUGGUGAGAGGAGGAUAGAGGGGUGAGAGCGAGUGGGGCGAGGAGAGAAGAGGGGACGGACAGUGGUUCAGGGUUGAGGGGGAGAGAGGGAGAGAGACAGAGGAAAGAGGGAGGGAGAGAAUGAUAGAUGGGCAACAGAGACAAGGGGGAAAGUGUGGGCAGAAAUAGAGAAAGAAGGGGUAAGGAGUGAGGUGAGAGGGAGGGGUGAGAGUCGGCAGACAUAAAGGUGGGAGGCAGAGUUUGGGGGAGAGAGAGGGCAGGAACUGGAGAGAGAUGUGGAUGAAAAUAGGAGUACAUCAGCCAGCUUUCACUGUCCAAUAACCCUUGGGUUUGAAGGGGAGGUUAUUCACCAGGCUGCUCUGAAUCCCUCUUCCCCUCCUUCCCCAUCUCCCCCCUGUGUCUCUGCAGGUGUGGCUGUGUCCUGUCUCUCAGUUCCUGCUGUCCACCCUCUGGGACGGGGUUCCUCACUACUGGAUCCAGAGCCCCUGAUCAGACCAAAACCUGAACUCAUCGUUGCCCAACGCUCUGCCCCGGGCAGUACACAGAGAGAGAGGGGGAGAGUGAGAGAGCGAGGAGUAGUGGGGAGAGAGGGAGCGGGUUGGGGACAGAGAGCAAGGGGUUGGCGAGAGUCUGGGAGAAGAGCGAGUGACGGAGGGAUUGGAAGACAGAAAUUGGGAAUGAGUGGAGGGUUGGGAGAGACAGAGAGGUGUGAGUGGUGGAGGAGAUUGUAGAAGAGAGGGGAGCGGGCC